UAGCAUGUGGAAACCCACAUCCAAACUUUGUCAGUAGGAGCUAAAGUUUCCUGAGUUGAGGAGGAUGAAGUGAGAGGCUGGACGCCAGCAGCUGUAUGAGUGAGUAACAACAGCAGGCAGAGAGUGUCUGAACAGAGACAGGAUGACAUCUUAAUUAUAGCUUUCUAUAAUUGUCUCUUGACCACACUGGAGCUUUAUUUUAUUUUUUGCAUCACAAAACCAACAGUUUUCUUCACUGGUUUGGUUUUGGUUGUUUGUUUUGUGAGAAGAAACUGUAGAUUAUUUUGAAGAAAAGAUGGAUUUGAUCAUCAUCUUUUAUAAUGUUUGUUAGAGAUAAACAGAAGAAAAGAAAACCGUGAAGUCUGAAGUAUUUUUCCUUAUAGAGAUUUUAGAAAUGCCUGUUUAGCCACUAGACAGAUUAUUAUUACUUCACAUCAUUAUGCUGCUGGCUCUGCUUCUGGUUCUGAGUCUCUGCUCUGACGCUCGCUCCUCCGAGCCGUCAUCCAUAACUAUCCAGUACCGGGUUUGGGAGGAGCAGCCGACGGGAACCCGGGUCGGCCGUCUGGUCGACGACCUCCGGCAAAGGGACGAAGGUGGUCCUCUGGAGGAUUUCCAGGUGGUGGAGCACGGAAAAGCCCUUCCCUUCUCCGUCAGCACUCAAGACGGGGUCGUCUCCACCCAGGGCCGGCUGGACAGGGAGGAGCUGUGCCGUGGCUCGGAUCUGUGCGAUGUUGCCUUCAGCGUCCUCUACAGGAAGAGCGGUGCUGUGAACUGCCUGCGGGUUCGUGUGGAGGUGAUGGACCUGAAUGACCAUAGUCCCAGCUUCCCCAGCACGCUGCAGGAAGUAGAGAUCUCAGAGACAGCUGGUCUUAGGAUGCGAAUCCCUUUGGACCGGGCGGUGGAUCCUGACGCGGGGCCUAAUGGCCUCCAAACCUACUCGCUGUCCAUCAACCAACACUUCGCUCUGGAUGUGACAGUCGCACCAGGUGGGACAAAACAAGCAGAACUGGUGGUGAUCAAAGAACUGGACAGGGAGGUUCACGCCACAUUUGACCUCACCCUGGUGGCAUGGGAUAAAGGGAACCCCCCCAGGUCUGGAAGCACAUUCGUCCGUGUUAAUAUUCAGGACUCAAAUGAUAACAGCCCCACGUUUGAGGACAGCACUCCCACUGUGGAGCUCUUUGAGGAUACCGCCCGCGGCACAACCAUCAUCAACCUCAAAGCCACUGAUCCAGACCAGGGUGCGAACGGGGAAGUGGAGUAUUCGCUUAGUAAGCACACGCGUCCGGAGGUUCAGAGGCUCUUCUAUGUGGAUCCACAACAUGGAGCUGUGAGUCUCAAAGCACCUCUGGACUACGAGGCCCAGUCCUCUUACGAAGUGAUCAUACAGGCCCGUGAUCGCGGGCCCAAUGCGAUCCCCACGCACUGCAAACUGCACGUCAAGCUUAGAGACGUAAACGAUAACGCACCAAGGAUACACAUGACCUGGACUCCACCCAACUCACCCGUGGCAACUGUGCUGGAAGGAGCACAAGAGGACACCUUCCUUGCUCUGGUGAUGGUCUCUGAUGCCGAUUCAGGACAAAAUGGUAAAGUGAGAGCACACAUUCAGCAAGGAUCUGGCCCUUUUCGCCUUAAACGGAUCCACGGUGACAAUUACAUGAUUGUUACCAAUGGCAGCCUGGAUCGAGAAAAGGUGAUGCAGUAUAACAUCACACUCCUCGCCCAGGAUUAUGGAGAUCCCCCACUGUCUUGUGUUAAACACCUGCCUGUCCAUGUUCUGGAUGAGAAUGACAACGCCCCGGUGUUCUCCACCUCCCUCUACAAGGCUUCCUUCAGGGAGAACAACAUGGCCGGCUACCACGCUUUGAAAGUCGAAGCCCACGAUGUGGACCUGGAGUUCAGCGGAAGAGUGUCCUACUCCAUAGGCAACACCAACGAAGUGGAAACUAACUCACAGUCUUUCUCCAUCCACCCGACUAGUGGCGUCAUAAGCGUCCAGCAUCCUCUAGACUACGAGGAAUCCCACACCUACUCUUUCAUGGUGGAGGCCGUUGACCAGGGUCAUCCGCCUCUCACCAGCACCGCCUCUGUGCAAAUCCACAUCCAGGAUGUGAACGACAACUACCCGGUCAUCAAAGAGCCAAAGCCCAGAAAGGGUGUAGCUUCUCUAAGUGUACCCGUCAAUACAGAAAAGGGGGAGAUUGUGACCGAGCUGGGGAAUGACAUAGAAGAGGGAUUCACCCCUUUGCCGAUCAAUCACUCAGUCAGAGAUGGACUUGUUGGGUUCCUUGCAUCCACCAUAAAGGCUGAAGACCCAGACUCGGGGCUGAACGGACAACUCAGCUACCUCAUCACUGAUGGAAACCCUUACGGACUGUUCUGGUUGGAUCAGGAUACGGGCCAGCUGUUUGUUAACACCACCAACGCUACGGAGCUAAUUGGGAAAACCUUUAAGGUGAACAUCGCUGUGUCUGACAUGGGAAGUCCCAGCUUGGCCACCAAGGCGACUCUGGAGGUGACUUUCAUCAACCUCAGGGACCAUCUGAAGAACUCGUCACCUGGUAACCGCGGACAGCUCAGCUUCACCAUGAUGAUGGCGAUCUGCCUGGGUGCCACCUGCCUGCUGCUCCUGUUGGCCAUCGCUUUGGUGACGACAUUCUGCCGCCCGGAGAAACGGGACAGCCGGGCUUACAACUGCAGGCAGGCCGAGUCGACCUACACCCGCCACCCGCGGCGCCCGCAGAAGAACAUCAGAAAGUCUGACAUCCAGCUGAUUCCUGUCAUCAGAGGGCGAAAGGAGGAGCCUCCUGAGGAUGAUAGUGAAGCCCAGCCACUGGCUCCGCCCCCAAUGAUGUCGGACGAUAAACAGUACACCCUAACGCCAUCCGUCAUGAACACAAGCUUCCAUUCCCAAGGCUACCCAGAAGGGGACGGCUGUCAACCCGCCACCCACCACAGCCGAACGCUUCGGAAACCUGGAAACAUCAAACUUGAUGGCGCUUUGCCUCUAACGCCCACCACAUCAUACCGGACUCUUCGUAAAGCCAGGAACCCUUCGUCAUCCUCUUCAGUCUCACAUUCGAGUACCUUGAGGCGUCAGACUCCCGCUAGAGGGGAGGAGGCGGAGCCGCUGGGUUCGGCAUCCCAGGCGACUCUCCGGAGGCCGAGGACCUCAGAGGGACGAGGGGGGCCCGACGCAGAACAUCGGCAGAUGCUUCGAAACCUGGUUCGACUGUCUAUGGCGGCGUUUGGAGACUCCAUUGAGCUUUCCUCAGCUUCGCCAGAAGUGCAGCAGAUCUCCCAGCUCCUCUCUCUCCUCCGGCAGGGUCAGCUGCAGCCGAGGCCAAACUUCAGAGGGAACAAAUACUCUCAUCGCAACGGCAGAUACGGAGGCCAGGACUGUUCUGAUUGGCAGAGCACCAAAGACAGCGGACACGGUGAGAGCGAGGCUGGAGACGUGGACUGGGAACCGGGAAGAGACUCACCGAUAGACCUUCAGCUGGAAGACGGACUCACCAACCUGCUCAACAACCCCGAUGACGUCUUCUCGGAGCUCAACGACCCGGCCUGGAUGGCCCGACUCUCUCUCCCACUCACCGCCGAUUACCACGACAAUGUUUUUGUCCCCAACGGGCCUCCGUCCCCUGAAAGUGAGCUCCUUCCCCGGGACGCUCUGGACUCCUCGUCCUUCUCCACCUUCGGUAAAACUCCAGAGAAGGACGGCCCACUGGGCGGCGCCCUCCUGUCUGAGGUCAGCACGCUGUUUGAGAUGCUGAUGACGCAGAAGGCCGACGCCCACCCCGGCCCGCGGCCCGACGUCCUGUACCGACUCUCUGCAGCGUACCGGCGCUCGCUGGGCCUGGACGGCGCCGGCGCCACCACUGCUGCAGGCAACGCACCGAGGAACUCUGGGAACGCUGAGAAGAGGUCGGGCCUGGCUGCACCUUCAGGACUUUAUCAAUAACACUGGAUACGACUGAGCGCACGAGAGGAGUGUUGGGAUUUUAGAGGCAUUACCUGAUGAAAUACUUAAAUAUGAUUUUAAUGACUGUAAAUAAUUCCACGAUGAAUCGCAACUUCAAUAUACGUGAAGAAUGUGCUUGUUUUGAUUCCUACAGGAAACCAUCUCAACUUCAUAAAAAGCACAAAUUGGAGGUUAUCGUUAUCAUAGCAGUGACAGUGUCCCGGUUCUCGACACAACGAGACUUUAAUAAGUUACCGGAAACUGAAACACAAAAACAGACCGCUACUUCUUCUCAACGCUAAACACCCAAACUACAGACUCAGUCUUCACCUCUUACAAUGAAUGAGUCUGUUUGCGUCUUUCCUCCGACGUUACGGUUCAUCACAGCCUCUAAUUUCCACUUCACGUCCUUGUGCGUCGGUAUCAAGACGCCAGAACAAACAACCUGCUGAUCAUUGAGAUAUUCUCUGAGCUUAUUCUCAAAUAUCAAAUGUCUCAAAAGCUAAACAUGUCAGGUGUGUAAAUUUCAUCUUAAUCCGAGGAGGAGAUGGUUAGAAUCAAUGAUUCAACAGAUGGACAGACUCUCCGUCCUCAGACCGAUGUAUGAAUGCAGAUGUGUUGAACACGACAGAUCCGGUUAAAAUGGUGCUACAGUACUUAGAUUCUGUUUUAAAUCAGGAAGCAUCAGGCACUUCAAUCCAGCUUUAAUGUAGUAAAUGAAAUGAGUCAAGUGUGGUGGAAGGAGAACAAAGACAGAGGAGUCUGUAGACUAAAAGACAAACUGGAGACAGGUUUAGUUUCAGAAUAUUUACUCUGAAAGACGAGUAAAGUGGAGGGAAAACAGACGAUGAUGUGAAGGAAAACAGGAAGUGAAGGAAAACAGGAACUUCAGUCGCAGUAGACGUUAUCACUGAUGGUGAAUCUGAACGGUGAAAACGUGUCUAGUUUCCUUGUUAUCUUGAUCCUGUUCGGGCGGAUGAACAGUCUGUCAGGACGUAGUAAACUUGGCUCUAGUUUUGUGUUUUGGCCGGCGACCAGAAAGGAAAUGUUGCUUUGUCUUUGUGUUUUUCCUCAAGACUAAACAGAAACCAGCUGAAUGCAGAGAAGAAAGAGAGUUUGACCAACUCCACCUUCUGAAAGUUAAUCUACUUUAAGAUCACCGUCUGUGCUCUUUCAGGAGGAUUUGGGAAUAUUAACUGUUGCAUUAUGGGUAGCAAUAACUCUGCAGUUGUUUCUUAAGUUAUUGAUUUAACUUCUAUCCAAAGUUGUCUUGUUAUUUGUGACUUUUUUAACUGUAUUUUGCAAACCAGAGGAACAGCACUUUGUACAUAGUCUUUUUGUUUGAAGAUGUUUUUAUGUUAGUUUUGUAAGUUUUUCAAUAAAGUGUGUAUCAUGUUUAAAUGAAUUUCUAAAGAGGUCAUCAUGUCAAAUGUGGGAACUCAAACAGCAUUCACAACUUCAUCACAUUUUAUUAAAUAUGUGUGUGAAUCCUC